GCCACAGAGAAGAAGAUAAGAGCUUCCCCACAGAAACACAAGCAGCAGCAGCAGCAGCAGCAGCAGCUUCCACUUGCACGCGCAUAUACAUGAUAUUUAUUACCAGAUCAUUAGAAUAGAUCUAGAAAGAAAGAGAGUGGUUUUUUGUUUCUCCAAUGGAUAAAAGCUGUCAAUCAUCUGGUGAUUCUACAAUCACCAGUAGUAAUAGCAGCACCCACAAUACCGCCAUCGACAACAACAGAGAUCACUAUCUCAAACACCUCAACAAACUCUCUCACAAGAUCUCCAAACCCCCAAUCACAACCACCACCGCAAAUAUAAAAAAGGGCCCCUUUGAUCAACCCUGUCAGCAGCAAUCACAAACGCAACUAUCUCAGCCAUCAUCACAACAGCAACAAAAUCAAAAUCUGCAGGGGCAGCAGCAGCAGCAGCAGCAUCAGCACCAACCGCCUGUUUACAAUAUAAACAAGAAUGAUUUCCGUGACGUGGUACAAAAACUAACAGGAUCUCCAGCUCAUGAGAGAUUCUCUACACCUCCACCCAUACACCCACCCAAACCUCAAAGCUCUCGCUUACAACGUAUUCGUCCUCCGCCCUUGGCUCACGUUAGCAACCGCCCUCCUCCUUCGCUGAACAGCACCAUCCCACCUCCUCAACAACCACCCCUGACCACCGUUCCGAACCCUAACACCUCCGCCUCUGCCACAAACAGUUUCAUCCAACGGUCAACGGCACCUCUCUCCCCGUUACCGCCAUUCCCGGCUGUUCACGCGGCGGCGGAAUCGCCUGUUUCUGCUUACAUGCGGUACCUCCAGAACACGAUCUCUGCCGUUGAUUCUAACAAGCAGUUCUCGGGAUUCUCGCCGCUGGCCCCGUUGGUUUCACCUCGAUGGAACAAUAUGAUGGCUCCACAACAGCAAUUUGCCAUGCCACCCCCGCAACAAGUAAUGAACCCCUCGCAGUUAGCAGGGAUGGUCGCACCACAGCCGCAGUUUCAAUUGCCAACGUCACCGCUACCAUUUGGAUGCAUGAACUCACCGCGGUCUCCAUAUCCUCUGCUUUCCCCGAGUUUGUUGCUUUCGCCAUCUUCAUUUCCUCUCUCACCGACAGUGCCCGUUACUAGCCCUAGAUGGAGAGGUCUUUGAAAGUUCAAUUAAUUUUUUUCUUCUCCAGGAGUAGAAAAAAAUGCUUGUGGUGGCAAGAUUUGCUGAACGAAUAGUUUUGACAGGUUAAUAUUCUAUGGUACCACCAACCAGUCGUUUAGGAGUUUGGAUUUUAUAUGGAAAUGUAAAAUGAUCACACUAGGCAACACAUCUUGGAAUUCUUAUCGAGAUUAAGCAGAUGCAGGGGGUGGGGUGUUUCAUCUUGUACCCCACCCUUUUGGAUUAACUUUUGUGAUUAUGAUUUAAGGAACAUCAAGGGGACCUGCAGGAUUCUGAUGUGUGCUGGGUUCAUUGAUGGCAAGAUUAUUUUUUUUUAGACUUUUCCUCCCACCCAAUUGUUCCUUGUUUUACUUGGAUGCUUGUGGAAUCUGAAUCACCUAUAGACUAGAAGUUUCAGUUGUGAAGAAGUAUUUAAAUCUUUAGGCUUUAUUGAUCUCCUACUGAGUGUAGAA